AUGAUUUGUAGGGUGGUUGCUGCUCUCUUGGUGGUCUCUGUGGCCAUGGCAUCUGCUAUUCUCGUCGGCGCUCCACAAAAUGCAGACAUCAACAGUCAAGAUGUUCAGGAUGCCUUGAAAUUUGCAGUACAACAGUACAACAAAGUCAACCAAGAUGAGUACCUGAGUCGUGUAUUGAAAGUGAUCAAGGCCCAAGAGCAGGUUGUUUCUGGUAUGAAGUACAUCUUUACUGUUGAGAUGGUUAGAACUUCCUGCAAAAAAGGUGAAACUGAGGACUCAUGUGCCAGCAAUUUGGAUCCAGCUAAAGCUCAAACCUAG